AACUUAACCGGUCCAUAUGAAAAGAUUUAAACAAAAGCGACACUUUUGUUUAUAAUGUGUGAUUGGAAAUGUCUAAAACAAGAGAAAUGAGCUUCGUUUUUCUAGUCUCAAUUAGGUUUCCUCUGCUCUUUUGUUUGGUCCAAUCCUCAGUUGUAGUUGACACCAUAGCCCAAAACCAGUUUAUAUGUGAAGGAAGAAGCCUGACUUCGAAAAAUGGAAUCUUUGAACUGGGUUUUUUUGGUCCAAGUAAUUCCACUCAUCGUUUCCUGGGAAUCUGGCACAGUAAAAUCCCAUUUAGAAAACUGGUUUGGGUUGCAAAUCAGCACAACCCGAUCAACGAUUCAUCUGGGAUUUUGGCUAUAAACACAGAAAAGGGUAACGCCUUUCUUCUUGAUCAGAACGACUCUGUUUUUUGGUCUACGGACUCAUCAAAACAAGCCCGGAAGCCUAUUUUGCAGCUCUUGGAUUCAGGAAAUUUGGUUCUCAAAGACGAGAAAGAUGAAGACUUAGACAACUAUUUGUGGCAAAGCUUCAAAUUUCAAUAUCAAAGGAGUAUUUUUUUAACAGAGACAGGACUUAGUCAAGGUCGGUCAGCCAUGGAAGACUCAUGCGAUGACUAUGGCCGUUGUGGCCCCAAUGGACUCUGCGACGUUAUUAACUCACCAAUUUGCAGUUGUCUAGAAGGGUUUAAGCCCAAAUCACCAGAAAAAUGGAGUAUCGGGGAAACCAGACAAGGCUGUGUACGUAACAUAUCACUGAACUGCCAUCAAAGUAAUGGGUUUAUCGAGUAUGGUUCAUUCAAGGUUGAAGAAAACCAAAAUGCUUCUGUGGGAAAGAGCAUGAAUCUUGAGGAAUGCAGGGAAUGGUGCUUGAAAAAUUGCUCAUGUAUGGCUUAUGCAAGCUCUGAUAUUGGUGGCUGUACCAUUUGGUCAGGUGACUUGAUUGGUGUUCGACAUGUUUCGGUUAAUGGACGAAAUCUUUACAUUAGAAUGCCUGUUUCAGAGUUAGAAUCCAACAAUGAAGAUGAGAAACAUAGUACAGUGAAGAUAGUCUCCAUUGUUGUACCCGUUUCUGUCUGCAUUGUCUUGGGAAUAUCAUUAGUUGUUUACUACAUGCGAAGAAACAGCAGAGACUUACAAGAGAAUGAUGGAAAUGAUGAAACUCAGAAUGAUGACCUGGAUCUCCCUUUCUUUAGUCUAUCCACAUUAGCUGCAGCCACAGAGAACUUUUCACUGAACAACAGGCUUGGACAAGGUGGAUUUGGAUCGGUAUACAUGGGCACGCUUGUAGAUGGACAAGUAGUAGCUGUAAAGAGGCUUUCGCAGAGCUCUGGACAAGGAGCGAACGAGUUCAAGAAUGAAGUAAUAUUGAUAGCCAAACUUCAGCACCGAAACCUUGUAAGGCUUCUCGGCUAUUGCAUUCACGGAGAAGAGAGGCUACUAGUUUAUGAGUAUAUGCCCAAUAGAAGCUUGGACUGCUAUAUUUUUGAUCAAAUGCAAGGUGAACUUUUAGAUUGGUCUAAGCGUUUCAACAUCAUAGUUGGGGUUGCAAGGGGGCUUAUCUACCUUCAUCAAGAUUCCAGAUUGAGGAUUAUCCAUAGGGACCUCAAAGCAAGUAAUGUUUUGCUUGACAAAGAUAUGAACGCUAAAAUUUCAGAUUUUGGUAUGGCUAGAACUUUUGGCGGUGAUCAGACAGAAGGAGUUACAAACAGAGUAGUUGGGACCUUUGGCUACAUGGCACCAGAGUAUGCUAUCGAUGGCCAGUUCUCGGUCAAAUCUGAUGUCUUCAGCUUUGGCAUUUUGAUUUUGGAGAUUGUUAGUGGCAAGAGAAAUAAAGGGUUUUAUAAUCCAAGUGACAACAUUAAUCUCAUAGGACAAGCAUGGAAUUUGUGGAAAGAAGGAAGGUCAUUAGAACUGAUUGAUGAAUGCUAUUGUGUCGAAUCAUGCGUGCUCUCGGAAGUGUUGCGUUGUAUCCAUGUCGCUCUCUUAUGCGUGCAACAGCUUCCUGAAGAUAGGCCUGCAAUGUCAUCUGUGCUUCUGAUGUUAGGUGACAAGAAUGCUCUGCCUCAACCCAAAGAGCCAAGUUUCUUUUUAGGGAAACAUACAUGUGAAGCAAGCACUUCCUCUUUAACAAAGCAAGAGACUUCUUCAACCAAUGACUUUACCAUAAGUCUUAUCCAUGCUCGAUAGGAUUCAGCACAGGCCAGCUUCUGCAUGAAGGCAGCGGUGUUCGAGUCAAAUUUCUGGGCAAAGUCUCGGUAUGAGGUUGCUGGCAUGAAGGCAGCCGUUUGAGUCAAAUUUCUCGGCAAAGUCUUCUAUUGGAGAUGGCAUUGAUGAUUUCGGACCUGGUUUAUUUGGGUAUGGGUGAAUGUCGAUUUGAAAAAAAAAAUUAUCUAGUUUAUUUUGUUCUUUGUAGAGAAGACACUAAUCUUUAUUUUGAAUGAACACAAGUUUGAGAAAAAAAUACACAAAUCUAGGUUUCGUAUUUUGAUGGAA